AGAAUCUUCUCCCACCGAAGUUCCCUGUCUGUCCCUGUCACACACACCCAGCCUGCCUUCCUCCCUCCCCUCCCUUCCUUUCUACCCGUUCGAGCAUCUCUCUCAAACGCCCGAACGACUGCCACUUCUUUCUCCAUCGUUUCUCUCAUGUCUGGAGCUAUUUAAUGUUCCUGGGGCGAGGCUGCGAACUUUGAGCUCCUCUUCUUUGCUGCUGUGCUCUCUACUCACCCAGUCUCUGUUGCUGCAGCUGUACUCUCUCUCGCCGCCGGUCAACUCUCUCCACCAAUGUUCUCUUCUUCUUCUAGUCUUCUGUGCCUCUCUCCAUGUCUUGAUUUCUGAUUAAUUGAUUACUUGAUAUAUGUCACCAAAAAAAUGAUUACUUGAUAUAUUAACAAUAUGGAUUAAUUCGAUUUUUUUAAAAUUCUUUGUUCAUCGAGUUAUUUUAUUAGAUUAGUUCCGGUUUUGCCUAUUUAUGAGAUGAAAAUACAAUGUGUGAUUAAAUUGAUUAAAUUUAACGGUGGCUCUUUAAUCUUUUUGCUCUGUUCUGCCCAAAUAGAACCUUAAUUUGCUUGUUUGUGAUUAAACCUUGUUACUAAUAAUGAACUAAUUAACUUUCUGGAGCCUUAAUUUAAUUCUGUUUUGCUUAUCAUUUGAGUGUAAUUAAAAGAUAAAUGGAAGGAGGAAGGCCUUAGUUUGCUUCUGUUUCGGUUGCCAUUUAGGUUCACUAACCCAUCUUUGUUAAACACAAUAUAUAAGUGCCAUGCAUAUGAUUGCUUGCAGUUCUUUAUCUAUCUUUGAUCCUUUCUGGAUCUUGGACAUACUACAUUUCAAAUGCUUAGCAACAUGUAAUAUGUGUGCUGUGUAAAAGGAUUUGCUGCAUUUUUACAGGCUAUUUCCCUUGAAAUUGCUUGUUUUUCUUUGAUAAGCUGUUGUUCUAAAUUUGGACCUUAAUUACAUAAUUCAGAAUUGUCAUAUAUGAAGAAAAUUGUCAAGUUGUAUCCCAGUCUAGACCUGGUAUGGUUGUGGCCUUAGAAUAAUGAGGUUUCAUCCGGUUUAAGGCUGGGUUAGGUUCUCAAAAAUUGACCUAGAGAAUAUUGAGGGCCUCUGUGCUAGAACAAAUUGGUUUCAUCCUACACAUGUACACACACCCCUACUCAUCCAAAAAUAAUCAUUAGACAAAAUAAAAGUGAAAGUUUUCAUGGAAUGCGCAACUGUGUCCUAUGGAUUGUGCAACCUACACAAUUUUCAGUUUCUCUCCCCACCCAUUCUCCAAGUUCAACUCUUUUCACGUAAACCACCUCGAAACCCCUCCAAAGAGUUAGUUCAGCUCAACAGAGGUCAGGGACAACACCUAAAAGAGACCCUAGUGGUAGAAAUCAUUGCUCAGUGCCUCAAACAGAGAAGAACAUUGAGAUGGAACUGUCAAAUGUGAGUAGCAAGCAGAGGCUUAAACGACAUUCUUCCUUGUUGGGUAAUUGUGCUUUGAGAGGAGCUUUGAAUGAGGGAAAGCCCAUUCAUGGUCACCAGAUAAAAACGGGUGGACCCCGUUUCUCAUUUUUGGGUUUCACUCAUUAACUUGUAUGCAAAAUGUGACUACUCCAGUUAUGCAUGCCAGGCGCUUGAUGAAAUUCCUGAACAAGAUGUUGUGUCCUGGACUGCAUUAAUUCAGGGAUUUGUAGCUCAGGGAAAUGGCAGGCAGGGUGUUGAUUUGUUUUGUGAGAUGAGAAAGAAAGGGAUCAGUCCGAAUGAAUUCACGGUUGCCACUUGUUUGAAAGCUUGUUCUAUGUGCUGGGAUAUUAGUUUUGGAAACAGGUUCAUGCCGAAGUGAUUAAGGAGGCUUUAUUAUCUGAUGUUUUUAUUGCAUCUGCAUUAGUUAAUCUAUAUGCGAAAUGUGGUGAAAUCAAUCUCGCUGAUAAGGUGCUCUGCAUGCCUGAGCAGAAUGAAGUAUUGUGGGACGUGUUGAUUAAUUGUCAUGCUCAAGUGGGUGAUGGGAAAGGAGCAUUUAGACUAUUUUUUGAAAUGAUAAAUUCAGAAGUAGAAUUCAGUGAAUUUACCUUGUCCAGUGUACUUAAGGGUCAGGACAAUCAAGAGAUGGCCAACUUGUCAAUCAAAAGUGGUUUUGAAAUAGACAAAUUCAUGUGUUCCAGUCUUAUAGACGUAUAUUCAAAGUGUGACAUGGUAGAUGAUGCACUGAGACUUUUUUAGAUGAUCACAGACCAUGAUGUAGUUCCUCGAGUGCAAUGAUCGCUUGCCUUGAAAAGCAAGGUCAUAGCAGUGAAGCAAUUAAGCUAUUUUACUUGAUGAGACAUACAGGAGUUGAACCAAACCAAUUUAUCUUUUCAAGUGUUGUUAGUGCUGCUGCUGAAUCGGGUGACUUGCUUUAUGGAGAAAACAUCCAUGCUUGUAUUUUCAAAUUUGGGUUUGAAUCAGAUGUGUCUGUAAGUAAUGCCCUUAUCAGGAUGUACAUUAAAAAUGGUUGUGUGGAUGAUGGUUAUCGGGUGUUUGAGACAAUGACAUGGCCAGAUCUUGUUUCUUGGAAUACUCUAUUGUCAGGAUUUCAAGACUAUGGUUACUCUGAUCAGGAUCAAAUGUUUUCUGCCAGAUGCUUGUCGAAGGAUUUAGGCCAAAUAUGUAUACAUUUAUUAGAAUUUUAAGGUCUUGUUCUAAUCUCUUAGACAUAAACUUCGGAAAGCAAGUUCAUGCUCAAAUUCUGAAAAACAGGAAAGCCCUUUUGGACAUGUAUCUCAAAUUUAGAUAUAUGGAGGAAUCAUAUAUAGUUUUUGCCAAGUUGAUCAAUAGGGUGUCUUCUUCACAUGGACAGUAAUGAUCAUUGGUUUUGCCCAAACUGAGAAAGAAGAGAAGCCUAUCAAAUUCUUAAAUUCAAUGCAGCAAGAAGGAGUAAGGCCCAAUGAGUUCACUGUUACUGGCUGAUUAGGUGGUUGUUCCCAGAUAACUGCUAGUGAAAGUGGAAGGCAACUUCACUCUAUGGCACUUAAGAGUGGACUUCUUCCUGAUAUGUUUGUUUCUGGUGCACUUGCAUUAUGUAUGCAAAAUGUGGCUGCAUAGAAGAUGCUGAGACUAUUUUCAAGGAACUGGUUCGGCAUGAUAAAGUCCUAUGGAACACUAUACGUGGAUUCUCUCUGCACGGUCAGGGUGAUAAGGCCCUAGAGACCUUUCAGAAAAUGAAAGAUGAGAGCAACUUACCCGAUGAUGUUACCUUUAUAGGUGUCCUUUUUGCAUGCAGCCACAUGGGUCUUGUUGAAGAAGGAAAACAACACUUCAACUCCAUGAGCAAUGUUUAUGGCGUAACUCCUAGAGAUGAGCAUUAUGUUUGUAUGGUUGACAUUCUCAGCCAUGCAGGAACAUUUGCAGACGUUGAAAGUUUUGUCGAAGCGAUGAAGCUCACGACUAAUGCAUUGGUCUGGGAGAAUGUUCUGGGCGCAUGUGCAAAGCAUGGGAAUGUUAAAUUUGGUGAAAGAGCAGCAAAAAGGCUAUUUGAGCUCAAAUGCGAUACAGACUCUACUUACAUAUUACUUUCAAAUAUUUUUGCUAGCAAAGGUUGGUGGGCAGAGGCCAAAAGAAUAAGGGCCUUGAUGUCCAGCCAUGGUGUUAAAAAGGAACCUGGUUGUAGCUGGGUAGAAAUAAACAAUAAAGUACAUGUCUUUGUGUUGGAUGGGGCACAUCCUCACAUCAGGGAAAUCCAUUUGAAAUUGGAGGAGCUUGGUGAAAAGCUCAAAUUGAUUGGUUAUGUACCACAAAUCGAACAUGUGCUUCAUGAUGUUCCAUACACAGAGAAAGAAGAACAUCUUAAUCACCAUAGUGAGAAGUUGGCUCUUGCCUUUGCCCUUAUGAGCAAUAGCCAUGUGAAAAUGUUGAUAAAUCAAAAUCAGAUUCCUAAUUUAUUUUAUGAAUCUUUUCUGUAAAUAGAAUUAAUUAUAAUAUUCUUUCCAGUUUUAGUUUAGCUUAU